AUGGCUGGUCCUGUCCCAAAACCAGAGUGCCUCCUGGGCUUCCACCAGGUCUUGUCACCCACUGCUGGUAUCAAGGUGUCUCCGCUAUGUCUGGGCACUAUGAACUUUGGAACAACCUGGGAGCCAUACAUGGGCGAAUGCAGCAAGGACGUAUCUUUCGCAAUCUUGGAUACUUUUUUCGACCACGGCGGGAAUUUCAUCGACACUGCCAACGUAUACCAGGACGGACAAUCCGAAACAUGGAUUGGAGAAUGGAUGAAGAAACGUGGGAAUCGAGACCAGAUGGUCAUCGCAACCAAAUACACGACUGGCUUUCGCCGCACACACGUCUCCACUGAGCCCAUCCAAUCGAACUUCGUCGGAAAUUCAGUAAAAUCCAUGAACCUAUCCGUCAAGAACAGCCUCGAAAAGCUCCAGACUGACUACAUUGACAUUCUCUACGUCCAUUGGUGGGAUUUCACCACCAGCGUGGAGGAAGUCAUGCAUGGUCUCAACGCACUCGUCUCGGCCGGAAAGGUCCUCUACUUGGGCGUCUCCGGUACUCCCGCUUGGUUAGUAGUCAAGGCAAAUGCAUACGCGCGCGCAAACGGACUAAGACCGUUCUCUGUCUACCAGGGCAAGUGGAAUGCUGGAUUCAGAGAUCUAGAAAAUGAGAUUGUGCCUAUGUGUCGCGACCAAGGGAUGGCAAUCGCACCUUUUGCAGUGCUAGGCCAGGCGAAGUUCAGACCCGCAGAGCAGCGCAACGCGGAGUAUAAGGGCUCUGGACGAGCGGCGCUCCGGGCUGAGGAGGAUGACAAGGUUUCUGAUGUGUUGGAGGCUGUUGCCAAACGGAAUGAGACAAGCCUUUAUGCCAUUGCUCUCGCAUGGGUCCGCUUCAAGGCACCUUACGUCUUCCCUAUUAUUGGACAACGGAGUGUAGCGCACAUCAAAGCCAACAUCGAAGCUCUGAGCCUCGAUCUCUCGAAGGAGGAUAUGGAUGAGAUUGACAAGGCCAUUGAGUUCAAUCCUGCCUUCCCACUUGACUACCUCCUCGCCGAAAAUUUCAGUACUGCAUUCACCGCGGCAGAUGUUCAAUUGACGCAGUGGACCGCGCAUAUCGAUGCUCCUACUCCUGUGAUGCCGGUCAGACCGCGUAAGAAUCUGUGA